AUGUCGGAAACAAUGUUUGCACAAGCCCUCAUGUCGGGUCUGGAGAAGCGCCCCUCCAGACUCGGUAGCGACCACGUCUCGGACCCUAGGAAAUACCCUGCUCAAGCUCCCGUNUACACCCUCCCCAAGCCAGUCCACCCUUACCCUCGUCGCCAAAGACCUGCCGCUGGUCAACAGUCGCAAUCCAUCAAUGUCACUCUCAAGCCACUCAAGGGCUCGGAUCAACUCGACCUCCCGAGUCAAUCUCUCAACACGACUAUCCUCGAUCUCAAGGCUCAAUACGCUCAAAAGUACUCUCUCGACAAGACAAAGAUCAAGCUCCUCUUGAACAAGAGACCAUGCACAGACCUCAAGACCCUCAAGGAUGUCCUUCCUGAUCCUCUUCCCACCAAAGCCGACUUCAGCGUCAUGCUCCUGGCUGGUGCUUCCACCCCAAGUCAAGCCUCUACUCCUGCUCCUGCUUCACCCGUAGUCAAGGCCGAUCAGUCGCAAAAGCUCCCUCCUGAUUCUGCUCCUUUGUCCGAACAUGCCCAAGCAGAAGCCGAAGCUCUUCCUCAUGCUCAUGAUACUGCUUCUCAGAUGUUACAGUCUGACGAGUUCUGGGCUGAUCUGAAAGACUUUUUGGUUCAAAGGCUGCGUGAUGAGAACCAAGGCGAGAGGUUGGUUCGUUUGUUCCGUUCGGCCUCUACUUAG